CCAUGGAAAUAAAGAGGUGUUCUCCUGCCGAGGUAUCCUUCUGGCUGUCCAGUGGUUUUGGGACAGGGGACACAAGGAUAUUACAGUCUUUGUGCCGUCGUGGAGGAAGGAGCAGCCACGACCAGAUGUGCUUAUAACAGACCAGUACAUUCUCCGUGACCUUGAAAAGAAGAAAAUUCUGGUGUUCACUCCUUCCAGGAGGGUUGGAGGCAAACGUGUUGUGUGUUACGAUGAUCGAUUCAUUGUGAAACUGGCGCAUGAGUCUGAUGGCAUUGUGGUUUCUAACGAUACUUAUCGGGACCUGCAGAACGAGCGUCCUGAGUGGAAGAAAUUCAUUGAGGAGCGUCUGCUGAUGUAUUCCUUUGUUAAUGACAAGUUUAUGCCUCCAGAUGACCCCUUAGGGCGCCAUGGCCCCAGCCUGGAUAACUUUCUCAGAAAGAAACCUGUGGUGCCAGAACACAAGAAACAACAGUGCCCUUAUGGGAAGAAAUGCACUUACGGAAUAAAGUGUAAAUUCUACCACCCUGAAAGGAUCAAUCAGCCCCAGCGCUCAUUAGCUGAUGAACUCCGAGCCAAUGCAAGGUUGUCUCCUACCAGAAGUACCAGUGCCAAGGAGGAGAAAAAGGGCAAAAGAGGUUCCCAGGCAGAGCUCUUGUGCUCUGUGCCCUCAGAGAACGACAAAAGCUCUUUGCAGAAGGUCUCUGCAGAGAGGAAAAGCUUGACCCACAAAGCGAAGGCCAGCGAUGUUACGCUUCAGGUCAAAGGCUGCGUGUCAGGCAGUGUCCCCCCUAACAGCGGGAGUCACAGGUCCUCUGACAGGUACCAGCAGCCUCAUAUGGACUCUAUGUCUUACAUCUCUCAGGAGCAUCUCGACUCAGGCAUUGGGUCUCUGGAGAACCAACUGUCUGACAUGUGGCCUUACAGAUCUACCAGUCACUGUGAUCCAGGACCGCCUCACUCGUUCUCAGGCUAUGGAGUACCUGUACACCCAGCUAAUGCUGGGCAAUACAGUCUGCCCAGUGAGUAUAACACCCCUCCACCCCAUUCUCGUGAGUACUGGUCUGAGCCAUACCAGAUGCCUCCUCCUCAAGUGAGAUCUUCCAGUGUGCGAGAUCCUCGCUCAGUGCAGAGAGCCCCGGGGCCGGCGUAUGGGGACUCCUGCCAGUGGGCUGUGCCUGACCAGUUUGCAGAGGAACGGGCCAACGUGCACAUCAAGCUGUGUGGCAUAUUCCAUCCCCAUUUAGUUGAUGCUGUGAUGAGCCGUUUCCCUCGGCUUCUGGAUCCCCAAAGGCUCGCUGCGGAGAUACUCACGUACAAGUCUCAGAAUCCAG